ACCCACUCUGCUAGCAUGGGUGUGGAGCUGUCAGCCCAGUCCUACAUUCCCAAGCUGAAGGAACUACUUGUUGUACUUUCCACUCCGUCACACACUGCGUCUCCUUGUUUCAGACAACACCAGCACACAGCUCCAGUCAUGAAUCUUUACCUUGUCCUGCUUCUUUCUGUCCUCUCGGCAGUUCACUGGAGCCAUGGUCAAGAUCUGGUGGAGGAACAGAUUGUCGUACGUCAUGUGCAUCCUCUAGGUGAUUGGUCUGUACUCAACCCCAAUCACGAAGAUGUCCAAAAAGCUGCCAAAAUAGCUGUGGAGAGAUUUAACGAGAAAUCCAAAGCAAAGAAGUACUUUAAGCUUGUAGAGGUAACAUCUGCACAAAUGAAGGUCACUAAUAUUAUAAAUUACAAGAUCAAUGCAAUCAUCGGAAAGACAAAGUGCCUAAAAACUGAUCCUGAAGAUCUGUACUCCUGUGAUAUGGCUAAAAAGCGGCUCAGGUGCAAGUUUGACAUUGCUUUUGACCCAAGGAACGAGGAAUAUACGGUGGAGAUGUCUUGCAACAAAUAAUCCACAGAUUACUCUCACAAUUACAUGAAGGAAACUGCACAGUGUUUAGAGAUACAAUAACAGGUGACAAAUGAAAGGAAAACAUAUCAGUUAGGAGCCAUGAUGCGCCGUCAGAAAAUAUAUUCCCUAAAUUGGUGUUUCGAUGAUGAUGAUGAUAAUGAUGAUGAUGAUAAUGGAGAAGAACGCUGUCCAACAUCUCAAUCCAAAAUCUUCGAUAGGUGUUCAGUUAGUUAAGAUCUGGUGAAUAAGAAAGCCAUAGCAUACUGUAUGAUUUACAUCAUUUUCAUUCUCAUCAUACAAUUCAGUAAACCCUGUGUUUGGGGGUGGAGUCAUGCUAGAAGAGUCCAGUCUCACCAGGGUGGAUGUGUUUCAUCAAGCGAUUCAUUGCAUUGUACUCAUUGGCAGUUUUCCCUCUAAGCGGACAUGUGGCGCCAAAGCAUCCAGCAAAAUAAAUAAAUUCAUCCAUUAAUUGCUCACACAGCAUUAUAUUUCCUUUCAUUUGUCACAUGUCUGUAAUAGCUUGUGCCUUAUUGAUGUGUUCAUACAGAAAAGCUCCCUCUGGAAGGGCUUUAUUAUUUUCAUACUAGAAAUUAGGAAAAUUAUAUUGUCAUAUAUUGAAUGACCAAAAGACUGAAAUAAAUGUAUGUUACAGAAAUAAAAAGGCAUGACAUUAAA